AUGGAUACGAGUUGGAUCGAUCUACCCACUGGUCACCCUAAUUAUGUCGAGGGUUGUAUAAAAUUCAUGGAGUUUUCCAAGCAUGAACUAGUGAAUGGAAAAAUUAGAUGCCCAUGUAAGAAUUGUAAGGUGGAGAAAUGGUUCCCGGUAAAUACAGUAGAGGGACAUAUUUUGUUUAAGGGGUUUUAUAAGUCGUAUAAGAAAUGGAUCUUUCAUGGUAAAGGGGGUAUGAUUCAUGGUAUGAUUGGUAGUGAUGGAGGGAGUACUAGUGAAGGAUCCCUAAAUAAUGAAAGUGGGUUUGUUAGUCGAGAUGAUAUGGGAGGACUAUUAAGAUCAACUUUUAGUGUUAAUACGUCUCCCAAUUGCCCAACUUUUGAAGCACGAGAGGAUGAUGAGUGGAUUGAGGAGCCAGUGACCUAUGAAACUGAUGAUGAAUAUGAUGAUUCUACAAGAGAAGAAGAGGCGAAGUAUAAGAAGUUACUUGAAGCGUCUGAGGAGAAAUUAUAUGAAGGGUGUACCAAUUUUUCAAAGUUAUCUUUUCUUUUACACUUGUUUCACUUGAAGUGUAUGAAUCAUUGGUCCAUUGAAUCUUACAAUAUGUUGUUGAAGCUAAUUCUAGAUGCAUUUCCACAAAUACUUGAUUUUCCCUCAUCUUUUUAUUAUAGUAAGAAAAUGAUAACAGACUUGGGACUUGGGUAUGAAAAGAUUGAUGCUUGGCCGAAUAAUUGUAUGUUGUAUUGGGGUGAAUUAUUAGAGAAAGACAAGUGUCAUGUUUGUGGUACAUCGAGGUGGAUGAAAACUAAGGGUAAGGGGGACAUUAUAAGUGAUCAAGGUACGGAUACUUGUAAGAAAGGUGUGCCACCUAAGGUAAUGCGAUAUUUUCCUCUUAUCCCGAGGCUAACAAGAAUCUACAUGUCAUCAGAAACAUCAGAAGAUAUGAGAUGGCAUGAUACACAUCUAUUGGGUGAAGAUGAUAAGAAGAUUUUAAGGCAUCCUUCAGAUGCCUUAGCAUGGAAGGCAUUUAAUGAGCGUCAUAGAGAUUUUGCAUUAGAUCCUCGUAGUGUUCGAUUAGGUCUUGCAAGUGAUGGGUUUAAUCCUUAUCCUUUAAUGAACACCACUUAUAGUACGUGGCCAGUGAUCUCGAUUCCUUAUAAUCUUCCACCCUGGUUAUCUUUUGAUGCUUUUGACGGAAAGAAAUUUAAUUUGCGCGCGACUUUGCUUUGGACUAUUAAUGACUUUCCUGGCUAUGCAAUUCGCUCUGGUUUGAGCACAAAAGGUUACAAUGCAUGUCCUAUAUGCGUAGAUUCCACCCCUUCUGAUAGAUUUGGGAAUAAGAUUUGUUAUUGUAGCUAUAGAAAAUGGUUACCCGCAGAUCACCCAUAUCGAUCUCAGGGUAACAAGUUUUGUGAGAAGUUUGGAGCUAAUGAGUGGGGUAAAUCCCCAUCUCGUCCUAGCGGGGCUGAUAUAUUGAGUGAACAGGAAAAGGUCGAGUAUGUUUAUGGAAAGUCGAAGGCACCACCGAAAAAGAGACAAAGAGGAGAUAAUGAUAACAAUGACGUCCAAGAUGAAAGUGCUUUUGGUACAAAGAUAAGCAUACUAUUUGAUUUGGUGUAUUGGGAGCAUAAUCUUCUAAGGCAUAAUUUAGACGUUAUGCACAUCGAGAAAAAUGUGUCUGAGAAUAUUUUGGGAACUCUUCUUAGUAUGGAUAAAAGUAGAGAUAGUAAGGAUGAUCGAAAAGCUCUUGAAAAUUGGAGAAUAAAGCCUCACCUUUGGCUUAGUACCAAUCCUAAUGGAAGUGAAUACAUGCCUCCAGCUUCUUAUUCUAUGUCUAUGGAGGAAAAAGAGAGGUUCUUAAAUGUUUUGCAGAAACUUAAAGUUCCGGAUGGAUAUGGAUCCAACCUCUCGAGUUGUGUGAAUAUGAAGCAAAGGAAGUUGAUUAACCUCAAAAGUCAUGACAACCAUGUUCUAAUGCAAGAUAUCCUUCCUAUUGCCUUAAGAGCUUCUAACGCUACAAAAGUGAUUGACUUGUUGGCUAGAUUGUCUUCCUUUUUCAAGAACUUAUGCUCUACUACUAUUGAUCCAAAUGAUUUAGAUGGUCUUCAAGAUGAAAUUAUUUUAACUCUUUGUCAGUUGGGAAUAGAGUUCCUGCCUUCAUUUUUCACAAUCAUGGUCCAUUUGUUGAUUCACUUAGUGGAGGAGGUUAAACUUGGUGGACCAGUGCAAUACAAAUGGAUGUAUCCCAUUGAAAGGUACUUGUCCCAUUUGAAAUCACAUGUAACCAAUAAAGCCCAACCAGAAGGAUCUAUUGCAGAAGGCUUCCUUUUAGAGGAGACAAUUAGGUUUUGUUCGAGAUAUCUUGAAGGUGUUAAGACCAUCUUUAACAUACCUACAAGGAUGGAUGAUGAGAUUUCAAAUUCCAAUGAUUACUUGUUUAACUAUGGUGGUCGAAUUGUUGGGAAGGAGGUUAGCAUUCGCCUUGACGAUAAAAGCUUAAAACAAGCUCAUCGCUACGUUUUACUUCACUCUGAUGCGAUCAAAGGGGAUAUGGAUGAAUUUUUAACCGAGAAGCGUCAAAUGAACUUACAAAGUUCCUUCACGGAGAGUGAUGAAAGUAACUGGAUCAUCAAUGAAUUCGGAGGGUGGUUGCAAAAUAAGGUACAUUGCAUAGAUGCAACCACCGAAGAUGAGAAACUAAGAAAAGCUUUGGCGGGUGGUAUGUAUUGUUAUGGUAGGAAAUUUAAAGGAUUCUUCAUCAAUGGAUUUAAAUUCCUUUCCACGGAUCGCGAUUGUCGUGUUUUGACACAAAAUUCUGGAAUUGUGGUUGAAGCGGAUGGAGAGGCAUAUUUGUAA